GCUCCAUCGCCGAGCGGACUGGCCCGCUGCUCUCAUCCGAGACCUCAGUGCAGACCGCCGGAUCUAUUAAUCCACCAACCCCGGAUCCCUGAAAGCCUCCAGCCGCUGUUCCAAUGCAAGCUAUCAAAUGUGUGGUGGUGGGCGACGGGGCUGUGGGUAAGACCUGUCUGCUGAUUAGCUACACCACCAAUGCCUUCCCCGGGGAAUAUAUCCCCACUGUCUUUGACAACUACUCCGCCAAUGUGAUGGUGGAUGGGAAACCAGUGAAUCUGGGCCUUUGGGAUACAGCAGGACAGGAGGACUACGAUAGGCUCAGACCACUGUCUUACCCACAGACGGAUGUGUUCUUGAUAUGCUUCUCCCUGGUCAGUCCGGCCUCCUUUGAGAACGUCCGAGCUAAGUGGUACCCUGAGGUGAGACACCACUGCCCCAACACACCCAUCAUCCUGGUGGGCACCAAGCUGGAUCUGCGAGAUGACAAGGACACCAUUGAGAGGCUGCGAGACAAGAAGCUGUCCCCCAUCACCUACCCGCAGGGCCUGGCCAUGGCCAGAGAGAUUGGGGCCGUCAAGUACCUGGAGUGCUCUGCGCUGACCCAGCGAGGCCUGAAGACGGUAUUCGACGAGGCCAUCCGAGCCGUGCUCUGCCCUCCGCCUGUGAAGAAGAGGGGAAAGAGGUGCACCAUGUUCUGAGGAGGAAACAUUGCUAAAACACUACACUACAUCACCAUGAACAACAACCACUACUUCUCUGAGAGGAUGAGAGAGAAAACUAGCGAGAGUGAGUGUGCACUGCUGAGAUUGCUUUCUUUAUAUUGAUGUUUUUUCAAAGCGAUAUUGGUACAAAGACCAAUACUUAAUCCAAUUUUUUUACCAUUACUGAAUAGGCUCAUAGGUUCUCUGUGAAAGACAUUGACUGUCCACCUACUUUGUACUCAUAGAACCACAUCAAGUUGCCAUGAGGGCUGACAAAGGUUUCUAUUACUCGUCUUCAUAUUGCAACAUCUCUUCUUUUUCAGCCAUGCUUGCUUGAAUUAAUGCAGUGUUGACUAGAUAGAAAGUAAACUAUGAAUACACCUUCAGGUCUGAAGUUACCCUCAGCUCCUGAUCUAAGAUCAGCAUGUGGAGACUGCUGGCAUGCACACACAGAUCUGUUGCUACUGACUGCAUUCACUAUAUUUCACAAGUAAAUGGAAAUUAUGUGUUUUUCUAGUAAAAAUGACUAAAUCUAGUCUAUUACAACUAAGGUCUUAUUUUUUAUUUUUUGCCCUCAUUCCAAUCAGUAAUAAUGGUGUACUCUCCAAGUUAAAAGGGAAUUUGGAUUUUUUUUUUUUCAACCUGGACCCAAUUUCCCCAUGUUUUGUGUGUAGGUGAUGAAUGAAGGUAACAAUUUUUGAAAUUGGUGUGGUAUUGAGCAGCUGUAAAUUGAGCUACAAUCAAUGCAAUCACAUAUACUAUAUGUCCAUUGAAAGUGUUUGUUGUUGCCACUGGCAGGUUUUGUAUUCUCAGUGACUGACAGCAUCGGGGAAAGUUGGAGAAUUCUUGUUCUGAAAUUUUUGGCAGAAGACAACAGUGUAAAUGUGAGUUAGAGUUGGGCAGCGGAGGUGAAAGUUGGGGAUUGAUACAAAAGUUCAGAGAUAACUUGUUCACAUCAAAACAUCUUUUUUAUUUCAAAAGUAUUUUGAAAGUUCAGUUUCCGCUGUAUUCAGAAGAUGUUUGCCAGAACAAAACAAAUUAGUAUCGUCUGCAAAUAAAACACAUUUAAAUUUACAAGAAACAUUACAGAUAUCAUUUAUAUACAGUAUAAAGAGCUUAGGGCCCAGUACGGAGCCUUGAGGGACUUGUUCAGCAAUAAUGUGAAUGUUGGAGUACAGAGAGCAUAGCUUAGUUUCAUCGAAAAGAUUUUAAAUUAAAACUGUGGUUUGGUGGUUAAAUUCUGCCAACAAAAUGCUUAGCAAUGCUUCACACAGCUUUCAUUGACUACCUUUGUUGGAUACAGUACGGCUGAAGUUGUGGCUAGUUGUGCUACAAAUGGAUCCGAACUCCGGUCCAUACCCUGCAGCAGCUAUUGGGACCAGGAUGACUACUGCACGCCAAAAGGGAAAAUAAAUCCUACACCAAAGCACUUUUUCCUAAAGAAAAAAUGCUGUUUCAAGAGUGGAAAGACCUUCUGCUGACAGAGCAGAGGUAAACUGUGCUGUCAUCAGUACACACAAAAGCAUGGCAGGGUAGUUAAACAUCUUGCCAUGAUUUUAUCAGACGCUUGUUAGUGGCAAAAACAAGCACUUUGAAUGGACGCUCAUUGAGGACGUGAAGUUGCAUUGUGUGUUAUUAUCUCGUUUCACAGCUGACGGCUGCAAAACUCUCGCUCAAUACUGGACACAUUUCAAGAAGUGUUAUUCCCAUUAGUCACUUAGACACAAAAACGUGGGGUCCAGGUUGAAAAAAUCCCAAAUUCACUUUUUUAUUGCUGAGAUUUUAGAACACGAAGUCUGAUGGGUCAAGAAAGUGUUUUAAAGCAGCUCUAACAGUUUUACCUAAUCUUGAACUCCCGUCUUGUAGAGGGUCAAAAUUUCUCUGGGUUAUAUGUUGGAUAUGGAAAAUCAGCGUAUUUAAUCAAAUUACUACAGAGAAAAUUUGGGGCCAGGUAUUGUUCUAGUUUAGAAAAGCUAAAAAAUGAAAAAAAGAAAGAAAGGAACAGGGGUGUGUGGGAUCCUAGUCGCUUAUUUUUGUCUUUAACCAAAGACGACAAUGGCUGUCUGACUGCUCGUGAUCCUUGAUCUUUUGUGACAUCUCAGCAAGUUUUAAGUGAUUAAUACUGAUCGGAAUGAUCGACAAAAUUGUGAACAUGUUCCUCUUAAAGGGUUACAUAGAAGAGACUUAUGUUGCCUCAAAAAAAAAGUCCUCAAGCCCAUUUAGUUGGUUUUACUGUAGCUUGUAGCCAGAUCUGGCUGAGUUUCCUGCAUUAAAGAUUUGGAAAAUGCAGCUGCCAUUCAUAGAAACAAGAAUGAAAAUUUAAGCUUGACUUGUGAAUUGAGCUUUUAAUUGCAUCCCGCAGUCUUCAUCAACAAAUAAUUUGAAAUGAUGAAGUUAUGUGGGUCAUUCGUUGGAUCUUUGUCACCAAUGACAACCAGGAAAUUUGGAAACCUUUUAGUCUGUGCUGUCCUGUGUCCUUACUUUGGACAAACAUCUGACCUUAGAGAAGAGUCUUUGGGUAACUUCAUCUAACUGUGAACAAGUGACAGACAAGCAUGCCAAACAUGGGGGCUGUACAACCUUGCUGCCUGAGUUCUGCCUCUGGGGGUGGAGGAGCUUGCAUGGGUCUUAAAAUAUUCUGUCUUAAUUUAUCCCAUUGUUUAGAUCUUGUCUCUGUUCCUCUGUCCGUGUGUGUGAGCGAGUGAGUGCGUCACAGGCGUGUACAUGAACGCUGGUGUUGUGUGUGUGGACGAGCACGUGUCGGUAUCAGUGAGACAGCUUUGUUUCACAGUUUGGGGUAGUGCAUAAAAGACAGUAUUGUUUUAAGCCAAGUUUUUUAGUGUCCAGUUUUUGGUACUAUUUCAUAUUGUAUUGUAGUAAUACACGAGACUUUUCAACAAUCUGUGGACAUAAUGAAAGAAAAAAUGGAUAUUAAUGACAUCUAGUGAUGUACAGAAUAAUCCUUAGAAAAAGGAAUGCGCUAUGAAUAUCUUAUCUAAAUGUACCUGAAUAUUUAGCUCUUAAAACUAAAACAAUUCAAACUAAAGGGAUUAUAGUCGCUUGUGUUGAAGUUAGAAGUGUCGCUAACAGUGUACAAUAAAGGGGCCAAUCUUAGUGGAGUUUGUCUUGUGGCAAACAGUGCAGAUUGCACCUUUAUGAAAUGCAUUUCUGUAUGGUUACAGGUCUGCAGUGUGUCUGUCUCCCUCGUGUGGCGAGACGCAGCACUGCAGUCCACUCUGUCAUGCUGUCUUUGGUUGGCAUAGCAAACUGUGUGGUUGAAUCAUGUUGUGUGGUCCUGCCUAGCUAAGGUGUUGAAAUGUAGGUGAGAAACGCAGCAAAAAAUUCUAAUCUACUAUUGCAUGGAAGUUCUCUGGUUAUUUGACCCACUGUAAUUCUUAGGGGAGGUUGUAUGAUGAAAUGCAUUGGCCAUGUACGUAUGUAAUGUAAGAUGACUUGUAUACUUGUUCCAACGGUUUGUCUUAUUUUUUAUUACUUCACAUGUCUGUGUGGUGAAAUAUUUCAAUUUUUUGUAUACUAAAUACAAAUGUAUAUGUAAGGUA